UUCUCUUUCUCCCUUGAGUCUUUCUUGCUGUAGCUCAGUCUCUCUGGUCUGCCUGAGACACACUAGGAAAAAGGGUCGCCGGGCUGCGUGCUACAGUCCCAGCGGUGGACUUUCUCAUUGGGAGGCAAUUCUGCGGCAGUAGACCAUUCUGAGGCAAUGCUAAGGAAAGGUCUGUUAGUCCUGUCAUCUGGAUUCUAGAUGAGGAUGCUUUAAAGAAGUACAUUCUGUACCCAUUAGAGCUCAGGAUUCUGGGAUACGCACAGGAACACAGCUGACAGAGUUUGCCAACUGACUCUAUACCUCUGAACAGGACUGAGAAGAGCAGUUGAACAGGUAGAUGGAGAAGCAGCUGACUAUUGGCCUGUCUCUGUUGCUGGGGCUCCUCCUAGUCAUGCCUGAGGUGGGGGGGCGGAAGGAAGAGUCCCAGAAGCGCCCGUCCCGCUCCUCAGAGCUAAAAGCAGGCCGCUGCUCCUACACCUUUAUCGUUCCCCAGCAGAAACUGAAGGGGGCGCUGUGCGUGAGCACCGAGUCCACCACCGGAGCCUCCAACCACUCAGAGGUAACGGCUCUGUGGGGUGAGUUCAGCCGUCAGCAGGAACAGCUGGAGAAGCUGAGGGGCCAGCUGGAACAGGAGGAGGCCCUGGUUACGGAGGUACGGGCACUACGGAAAGAGAGCGGCAGCAUGAACUCCCGCAUCGCCCAGCUCUACGCCCAGCUGCUGCACGAGGUUAUGUACAGGAAGAACCAGGUGAUCGAACAGAGGCGGGUCGAGAACCUACUGCUCAACGUCACCGCACAGAUGCUGCAGAUCUCCACUAGUUACAGGGAGCUGGAGAAGAAGUAUGGAGCCCUCACCUCCAUGAUGAGCAACCAGAGUCAGCUCAUCGCCCGGCUGGAGAAGCUGUGCCAGGCCACCAAGAACACUACCCCACCUCCACAGAUGACCCCUGAACCCCUGAGUAUCCAGUCCAGUGGGCGUCUGAAUGACAGCUCACAGUCCAAGGAGUUGGCUAAUGAUGUUCAGAGAGACCAGGGUGCCCCUCCACUACAGCCACAGAAGGAGAGAGAACCCCUGCAGGGGACAAAGGUGCUCCCCACCAACAUGGCCGACACCCCUACCGACGCCCCCUUCAUAAGCUUCCCUGUCACUAAGACCCCAGGACCCUGGAGGGACUGCCAGCAUGUGCUGGACUCGGGCGAGACCACCAAUGGGAUCUACCUGCUGCGUCCACAGAGCGCCAACCGGCUUCUGCAGGCCUGGUGUGAACAGACCAAGGCCCAGGGAGGCUGGACCGUCAUCCAGAGGAGACAGGACGGAUCAGUCAACUUCUUCAGGACCUGGGAGCAGUACAAGCAAGGCUUUGGGAACCUGGAUGGAGAGUACUGGCUGGGUCUGGAGCACCUCUACUGGCUGACCAAGCAGGCCCACUACAAGCUUCGGGUGGCCAUGGAGGACUGGCAGGGCCGGCAGGUGUUUGCAGAGUACGACAGCUUCCGCCUGGAGCCUGAGAGCGACUGGUACCGUCUGAGGCUGGGGGAAUACCAAGGCAAUGCCGGAGACUCAAUGUCCUGGCACAAUGACAAAGCCUUUACAACUCUGGACAAGGAUAAGGAUGCUUAUUCAGGGAACUGUGCCCACUUCCAGAAGGGGGGCUGGUGGUACCACAUGUGUGCCCACUCCAACUUAAACGGCGUGUGGUAUCGAGGGGGUCACUACCGCAGCCGCUACCAGGACGGGGUUUACUGGGCAGAGUUCCACGGGGGCUCCUACUCCCUCAAAACAGUCACCAUGAUGAUCAAACCCACCUAACCCUCUUCCCAUUAGAUAUAUACCACAGGAGGUUGGUGGCAUCUUAAUUGGGGAGGACGGGCUCGUGGUAAUGGCUGGAGUGGAAUAGUUUCAAAUGUGUUUGAUGCCAUUCCAUUCACUCCGUUCCAGCCAUUAUUAUGAGCCGUCCUCCCCUCAGCAGCCUCCUGUGUUAUACACAUGUCAAUCAUGCAUCACAGCAAUAUUAUGGUUCCUUCAUGGAAAAGGAAGGAUGUUAAUGAAGUUCUUAUAUGUUAAACAGGUAUGUUAAUAAGACAGCGUUAGACUGACAUGUCAACACAACAUGUGGAAUUGUUUUCUAACUGCAAUGUAUUUAUUUUAUAAAAAAUUGCAAAACAAUGUUUGAAGAUUACAUCACAAGGUGAAGUAGGAGUCCGUUUCUUUUGCUAAUGAGAACUGACGUUGUGGUUUGAUGCAGUAGUGUAAAGUACUUAAGUAAAAAAUACUUUAAAGUA